AGCCAAGAAAAAAAAAACACAAACUCGUUCUUCCCUCCUCUCCAAAUGUUCCCAUCCGUUCUCUUCUAUCUCCUCCUCUGCCUCCUCCUCUUCGGAGGAGGCAGAGGAGACGGCCAAGACGAGCGCCAAAUUCUAUUAGACCUCAAAACUUCUCUCGGGCUUGACAACAUCAAAGGCUUCGAAUCCUGGACGCCGGACAAUUCCCCAUGCAAUUUCACCGGAAUCGUCUGCAAUUCCGCCAACUCCGUCGCCGAGAUCAACCUAAGGAACAGGGGUUUUUCAGGAGAGCUACCGCUAUCUUCUCUCUGCCAGCUCCCCUCCCUCUCCGAGCUCUCACUCGGAUACAAUCACCUCUUUGGUGAAUUCACCGCCGACAUUAGAAACUGCACCGGCCUCCGGCGCCUGGAUCUCGCCUUCAAUAAACUCACGGGAGUCGUCCCCGACUUGUCCCCUCUCAACAAGCUCGAGGUACUGAAUAUCUCCGAUAACGGGUUCUCGGGUCCGUUCCCGUGGAGCUCUCUCGGUAACCUCACCGAGCUGGCAGUUCUGAGCCUGGGGGAUAACGGGUUCGAGGAAAGCCCAUUUCCGGAGGUGGUCAUGAAUCUAACCAAGCUCACCUGGCUCUACCUCUCUGAAACCAAUAUCAAGGGCGAAAUCCCGCCGUGGAUCGGGAAUCUGACGGAGCUCCGGGAUCUCGAGCUCGCCGACAACUUCCUCUCCGGGGAGAUCCCGCCGGAGAUCGUGAAGCUGAACAAGCUCUGGCAGCUCGAGCUGUACAAUAAUUCGCUCACCGGAACGUUCCCGCCGGGGUUCGGGAACCUCUCCGAUCUCGCCUUCUUCGAUGCUUCCAUGAAUAAUUUGGAAGGGGAUCUUUCCGAGCUCCGUUUCCUCAACAAAUUGAUCUCUCUCCAGCUCUUUUUUAAUAAUUUAUCUGGAGAGGUCCCGCCGGAGUUCGGCGAUUUCAGGUAUCUUGUGAAUCUUUCUUUGUAUAGUAAUCGUCUCUCCGGAAAGCUUCCAGCGAAGCUCGGUAGCUGGGCGGAGUUUAAUUUUAUCGAUGUGUCGACGAAUUUCCUCACCGGCGAGAUCCCACCGGAUAUGUGCCGGAGGGGGACGAUGACGAGGCUGCUCGUGCUGGAGAACAACUUCUCCGGUGGGAUUCCGGCGAGCUAUGCGAAUUGUUCUUCGUUGAGCCGGUUCCGGGUGAGCAACAAUUCGCUCUCCGGCGUGGUUCCAGCCGGGAUCUGGAGCCUCCCGAAGGUGAACAUAAUCGAUCUGGCCGCGAACCAGUUCGAAGGUCCGAUCGACGCCGGGAUCGGGAAAGCCAAAUCACUCAACCAGCUUUUUAUCGGCUACAACCGGUUCUCCGGCGAGUUGCCGCAGGAGAUCUCGGGAGCGUCGUCGCUCGUGCAAUUCGACGCCGCCUACAACCAAUUCUCCGGCCAGAUCCCGGCGAGCAUCGGCGGAAUGAAGCAACUCCAGUCUCUCAACCUCCCGUACAACUCAAUCUCCGGCGAGAUACCGGAAAGCAUAGGCUCGUGCAGCUCUCUCACCACUAUCGAUCUUGCAAGCAACAACCUCGCCGGCCCAAUCCCGGCGAGCAUCGGCGGUCUCCCGAACUUAAACUCGCUGGAUCUCUCCAACAACCACCUCUCCGGCCAGAUCCCGGCGAGCCUCUCUUCUGUCAGAUUCAGCGCUUUAAACCUAUCCAACAACCAACUCACCGGCGCGGUGCCGGCCGGACUUGCUAUCAACGCCUACAUCACCAGCUUCGCCGACAACCCCGGCCUCUGCAGCGAUGACACGCGCUACCUCCGGCGCUGCUCAUCGAAGCUCGGGGGUUCAUCUGACAAGCUCCGCACCAUUCUAACCUGCUUGCUUGCCGUUUUCGCUCUCCUCCUCGCCGCCGUCGGUCUCUUCCUCUUCAUCAAGAAACGCCGGUCCGACCGGAACCGGCGCAUGGCGAAAGAUCCGUCGUGGGAUUUGAAAUCGUUCCGGAUUCUGAGCUUUGACGAGCAGGAGAUCAUCAACUCGAUCAAGCAAGAGAAUUUGAUCGGCAAAGGCGGCUCGGGGAAUGUGUACAGGGUGGAGCUGGUAAGCGGAAAGGUGGUGGCGGUGAAGCACAUCUGGAACGACCCCGCGGCGGCGGCGGCCGCCGCCGCCGCGAUGAACGGCAACUGGGAGAAGAGUGCUAGCACGGCGGCGAUGCUGGCGGGGACGCGGCGGUCGGCGUCGGUGAGGUCGAGGGAGUUCGUGGCGGAGGUGACGACGCUGAGUUCCAUCCGGCACAUCAACGUGGUGAAGCUCUACUGCAGCAUAACGAGCGAGGACGCGAGUCUUCUGGUUUACGAGCACCUGCCCAAUGGGAGCCUAUGGGAGAGGCUGCACGCGGAAACGGGUGGGAAGGUUGGGGGGUUGGGGUGGGAAGCGAGGUACGAGAUCGCGGUGGGGGCCGCGAGGGGGUUGGAGUACCUGCACCACGGCUGGGACCGGCCGAUACUACACCGGGACGUGAAGUCGAGUAAUAUACUGCUGGAUGAGUGCUUCAAGCCUCGGAUUGCCGACUUUGGGCUUGCCAAGGUACUUUACCCGGCAGGAGGUGGGGAUUCCUCGGCACAUGUCAUCCCGGGUACCCACGGCUAUAUCGCCCCCGAAUAUGCGUACACAUGGAAGGUGAACGAGAAGAGCGACGUGUAUAGCUUCGGAGUGGUUCUAAUGGAGCUGGUGACAGGCAAAAGGCCAAUAGAGCCCGAGUUCGGUGACAACAAGGACAUAGUCUACUGGGUAUCCCAGAGGAUGAACAGCGGGGAAAGCGUGGUGGAGCUGCUGGACAAGAGAAUUCCGGACUGGGCGAGGGAGGAGGCUCUCAAGGUGCUGAAAGUUGCGGUGCUCUGCACGGCGAGGCUUCCGGCCAUGAGGCCGUCCAUGAGGACGGUGGUCCAGAUGCUCGAGGAGGCCGGAGCCAAGGGCCAACGCUUGAAGGAUGACAUGGUGGAGAUUGGAGGCUAUAAAUUUGAAGGGAAUGAAGGAUGUGAGAAGGUUAAGCUGAGCCCAUAAUAGAUAGUGUUAAGAAGUCUCCAGACCUCCAAUAUAUGAUCCUACUGGUGUUAUUUUAGAGGGUAGAGAGAAGAAGAUGGAAUCGGACGAGCGAGCUCUAAUUUGUACAUAGGACUUUGGUCGAGUGGAUGAAGACGUGGUUCAUGGAGGCGGAUUAUUCUUAUGGCGGUGACUGGACCACAACUAGAAGCGGCGCAAAAAAGAUACGGCACUUGUUGGAACGCUUUUGGGACACGGAAAGGCAAAAGUCGGCGAACCGAAGGAUUGACGUGACAUGACGGUCCAGGGUAAACUGCUUGGAUCCUUUAAUUGCGACCAUGUAUCCAGCUUUUCGUUGUUUCUUUUGCAGGUAUCCUAGUUUAGGCUGUUGGUCCCUCUUUUUGCUUGCUUUAUACGGCGUGGAAGGUCCGGAGAUAAAUAUCAAGAGAGAAUAAUAGCGAGCUAUGUUUUAUCAUCAGGUUCUUUCUUGGCGUUGCUGUUCUCCCACAUUAUCCUCAUGCCCAGAGGAAUCCAUACAAUUCCUUCAUGUCUUGAGUAAA